AUGAAUUACUUAGGCGUCGUUCAAAGAUCUAUUUUUACAAUUCGUUCUAUACGAAAUUCUUCGAAUAUAACUAUACCAUCUUUAAUUGAUUCUUAUCCAAUAGAAGCUACAAUAUUUGAACCACCACCAUCAUCAUCAUCUUCUUCAAAUUCAAUAUAUGUUGUUAUCUCAGAAGCAACAGGUAAUCGUCGUCAAUUUUAUUUUCCAUUUGCAAAAUAUUUAAGUGAACAACAUAAUCUACAUGUAAUAACAUAUGAUUAUCGUGGAACACAUGUACGUAAACCAACCGAAUGGACACUUGUUGAACAUUGGGCUCGACGUGAUUGUGCAGGAGUUAUAUCAUAUUGCUUUGAAAAAUAUAAACAAGUCGUUCAUAUUGGUCAUAGUCUUGGUGGAAAUAUGCAUGCUCUUUUACCACCUUUUAUAAACGAAAAAAUUUCUCGAAUCCUUCUUAUUUCCUCAGCAAAUUCUUAUUUAAUGUAUCACAAAUGGAAUUUAUCUUUUCCUAAAACAUGUUUUUUACUUUAUGUUAUUCGUGAACCACUUCAUUGGCUUUAUGGAUAUUAUCCAAUACGUACUGUUUUUCGAACAGGUGUUGAUAUGCCAACUAAUAUUAUUCGAGAAUGGGCUCGAUGGUCAUUAUAUCGUCAAUGCUUUGUUGAUAAACAUGGACAAAUGUUAACGGAUGGAUUUAAUUCGGUCAAAUGUCCCAUUUUAGCUAUAAAUUUUGCCGAUGAUGAAUUUUAUACACGUCAAGCAUUUGAUAUAUUUACUAAACAAUUUAAUCAAUCAUCAAAUAUACAAACGAAACAUUUACCUAAAGGUGGUCAUUUUAAUUUUUUUAAAGAAAAUCAAUCAUUAAAACUUUGGCAAGAAGCUGUUCAAUUUAUAAAAUAUGGUCAUACAAAAAAUCUUUUCGAUGUAAAUAAAUAG